AUGUCUAUCAUCUCUCGACAUCAGCCAAAAGGUCAAACAUAUGCUCGUUUCCUCGAUUUGGUCAGAUCAGCCGGAUCAUGGACUCAAUCCACACCCAUCACCGCCAAGGGCGCCCUGAUCACCUCAACCACCAAUCCUGCCGAAGUCGGACCCGGUCUUUCCUGGCCAGAGAUCAUUCGCAAGUAUCUCAAGCAUAAUCCCGAACGAGCUCUGACGGCUGAGAUUGCGACCACCGAGCUGGCUCUCAGAUUGUUACUUGCUUCCGCCGAUCAAGAGGCAGUAUAUGACCACGACAGAGUUCAUCUUGAGGAUGAUCCAGACAGUGGUCAUUCGCUACUACCCCCCCUCGUACGAACCGAAGAUAAAGAGGCCGCUCAACAACAUGUUGCCAAACUAACAGCCAGCCUCGCCAAGCAUAACACCAACGAAGCCGAUCACAAGUUACAAAGUGAACAAAACGCUGCAAACAUCGUCAUUUCACUUGGUCUUUAUAUGUCAGGGGAACAUGAGAAAUGCUUACAAACGAUCCAGAAAUGUACAUUUGUGGUGCCCGAAACCGUCGAUCUCAACUUCGACAAGUAUGACGUGAUCAUCUGGUUAUGGUCUGGCCGUCAAAGGCAAGCCAUGGGUUUCCCAACUUUGGCUCAAGAGCGGAAUGGAACAGAAUUACCGGUGACACUAGAAGCUUACAACCGAGUUGUCGAAGUGUACGACCUUUGCUUGGGGUCUUUAGCCGUGGGGAGUACAGACGAGCUUCAUAAUGAACUGCAUGGUUGGGCUGAAUUGGCCAUGUAUCGUGCUUGCAUACUUUCUAGAGUUGUAAUACCAGGUAUAGAUUCUCUCGAAGUACAUAGGCGUUACCACUCACGCUCCAGAUAUUGGCCGUUAUUAUUCCGAUUGAACAAGCGGAGCGUAAUUUAUAAAUCUUCCAUCAAACUUUUAUUCAUCACCGCCAGAUCUGAUUCGUGGAAACCAGCAGUAUCCCAGCCCACCAAUCAAUACUCUGAAGUGCCGAUUUCUACUUUGCAAGACGGGGAAUUGAUUGCAAUCCCAUCACAUAGCGUCGCUUGGAGAUCUGAACUUGUAACGGUAGCCAAGUCGUAUAAUGCAAUUCUUCGAAUCACCACCACUUUUCCAAAAGCGGGCUCCACCAAUCAUCUAAUGCUUGAGUUUUGUGAUCUGCUCUAUGAGGGCUGGCAACUUGGCGGCUCCGAUCCUGACACCUCUUCACAGAUCAUCGACAUAUUGCACGACGCCACACGCAAGACGUUUCACUCACAAAAGAUUCUCCGAUACCUCAUCCAAUUAUUACAUGCCAAGCACGAUUGGGACGAGGCCGAAGCAGCGUUGGAUCUCUACUGUCAAUUGCACAUUACCGCCAGUGCCAAUGGUCAUUAUGAUUCUUCAGAAUUCAAAAAUCCUCGCCCGUUAGUAUCGGGUGAAGCUCCACUUAACGGCACUGACAAAGCUUCGCCGGACGAUCAACCAGACGCGAGAGCUAUCGUGCCCAACAGAGAUACGGACGAAGAUUUCAUCCAGACAAUGAUUUAUGGAGGCAGAAUGUUAAUUAAGUUUCUCAACAACCCCGAGAAAGCUACUAAGAUUUUAGAUCGCGCCAGCCAGAUCAUGCAAACCACAAAAGAAGAGGCUGCACGAAACAACGCCUGUUUGAGAUCUCGCCUGGCCAGAAUGAGAGGCAUUGCUGCUGGUGCUUGUGCUCAGAAAGCCGAUCAAGAGACGCGACCCAACUUGCACGCCUCUUACCUAGAGCGGUUGACUGAGGCAACUGAAAACGACCCUACCUCAUUUGAAAACAUGUAUCAUUUGGCUUAUGCUCAGGCCGAAUUACGCGAUAUCGAUUCCGCUUUAGUAUCUGCACGUACCGCGGUCGAAAUCAAUCCUAAUCAUACUAGUGCAUGGCAUCUUUUAUGCUUACUGACCUCUGCUUCCAAGGAAUUCAAGCUCGCACUCGACAUCGCCGAAGUUGGUUUGGUGAAUACUGAAGAUCUCGAUGAAGGUGAACCUGGGAUGAGAACGCCAAGGGCUGGCUCUUCGAGUCUCAGCCGAGACUCGAGCGUUCCUGGAACGUUAUUAACCGAUGAGACCCCGGCGGGAUCCUCUGAGACAUCGGCUGCCAGCAAUGCCAAACCCGGGGUGGGACUGAUCGCCGAACCAGAGCUUGUGCCACAACAGAGCACACAGGCUGGCGAAGGACAUUUGACAGUACCGAACGUUUCCAGCCGCCCCAGCCGAGACAGCUCCCUCCCUCAAACGGUCUCCCAAAUUAGCCAAAACAAACUGGAAUUUCCCGCCUCGAAAGCCGAUAAUCUCGAGGCUAGUAUCCAAUUAAGGAUGACUAAAAAUAUGCUCCUCGAAGCCCUUCAGGGUCCCGAGGUUGCCCUAUCCGAUCAACAAAGCCUGUUUGCUUUCUUUGCCCAGGUUUACUCGCAAGUUCACACUCAAGAUCUCAUCCAAAUGACUCAUUCGCAGACGCAAUCUCAAUCUCAAUCCCAAUCCCAAUCUCAAUCUCAAUCCCAAUCCCAACCGCAAUCGCAAUCCAAAUCAACUGGCGCUUCAUCCUCCUUUCUGCACGAAAGAAAUUCGUCCGUGUCUCCAUCCACUACCCGCUCAGCCAUUCGCGCAUCUCGGUUGAAAGUUAGAAAACCAACUUUUGAUCUUAAGGUAUCUAAUUCAAUUCGGCGCCGAACCCACACUUCGCCUUCGACUCAAUUGCAGAAACAACGAUCGACCUCAGGAGCUAAUGACCUGUUAGCCCUCACGCAAGAGAUGGCAGAGAUCGUGAUUAAGGAAGAGGAAAAGAAAGAGAGCAUUGCGAAUCUGAAGUCGUUAAAGAUCUUGCAAGAUUUAUGGUUGAUGUCAGCGGCGACGUUCCGAAGGUGGGGUAAGAACAGUGAAUGUCGAGGGGCGAUCCAAGAAGCCGAGACGUUGAAUGGGGAGAGUGCGGAGCUCUGGGUGCAGUAUGGGUUGUAUAGUCUGUCGAUAAGCGAGUUGAGUCAAGCGAUCGAUUGUCUUACUAAGGCGCUCGCCUUCUCAGACCAACAUAUCCCUGCGGUGGUCCAUAUGGCCCGGAUCCUUAAGGAGCAAGGCUCAGUGGAACUCGCCGAGGGACUGCUCGACCUGCUGACUCAGACGGUCGCAUGGGAUGUCCCGGAGGCUUGGUACUUACUCUCUGAGAUCUAUCUUGCAACUGGCCGGCUCAAACGGGGUAAAGAGUCCUUGCUCUACUCACUCAGCUUGGAGGAAACUAAACCACUCAGACCUCUGAGGCUUUGUUUGCCUGCCUGUUUGUAAUAAUCUUCAGCUCGUCCUCUCCUAUCUAUUAAGAUAUUACGUUUUACUCCUUUAUCUUCCUUCCUUCCUUUUUUUUUUGGACCUCACUUCCCCUCCUUCGUAUUUUUGUUUAUGAUUGACUUUUUGUUUGGUAGUUUAGAAUUUGCAUUUUUUUUUUCUUUCUUUCUUCUUAGAAAUAUGCUUACCAGACAUUUUAUAUGACACAAAUAGAUAAAUUUUGUCCUUUUCUUUUUAUCGUGAACUACAUAGAUAGAUAGAUAAAUAGAAUUCUUAUUAAUCGUAAAACCUUCACUGCAGCAAAUCACUUCAUUCUGU